AUGAGUAAAGCGUUAUGUUGUUUUGCUUUUGAAACGCUAAUCAAUAAGUUGAAGCUGGAAUCCACCAAUAAAGUCAGCUUAAAGUCAUACUUUGAUGUUUUACAUGAAGAUCCCAGUCACCUACCUAGUACAGCUCCAUUAUUUAUUACCUGGAGAGAAGAUUCAAGUUUAAGAGGAUGUAUUGGCACGUUUCAAUCUUAUCCUCUUGAGUCUGGAGUAUUCAAGUUUGCCUUGAGUUCUGCUUUUCAAGACUCAAGAUUCACACCAAUCAGUGCGAAAGAAGUGCCAGAUUUAGAAGUUAGUGUUACUUUAUUAGAUAAUUUUAUACCAAUAGCAAACUAUUAUGAUUGGACUAUUGGAUUGCAUGGAUUGAAGGUAUCCUUAGACACAAGCCACGAACAUUACCUGGGUACGUUUCUUCCCUCUGUUGCCGAAGAAGAGAAUUGGGAUAAAUCAACAACAUUGUAUUAUUUGCUUAAAAAGGCAGGCUAUCCAAUAACUAAAAAUAACGUGGAAGAUUUUUAUGCAAAGGGCUUAGAAGAAGGUUGGUUGAGGUUGACCAGAUAUGACGGAUUAAAAUCAUACUUGACUUAUCACGAGUUUGAGAAAAUUAGAGAAAUCGUACAAGCAAAAUAA